ACUUCAGCAUAGUUAUAAAGAAUAUUGAGGCUGCAGGGCACUUUCUGCUCUGGCUUUCAUCUGUACAACCCCCUAGUGCCUUGAAAUCCUGCUUUGCUUUCACCCACAGAUCAUUUGGGCUAGAGCAAUUCUUCAGGGCAGCCCUAGGUAGCAAGAACGUUUCUAAGGGGUAGGACCAAAGUGAAUGUGGUACCCUCUCUUGAGCUCCUUUCUGGCUCAGAUGUCAGUGCAUUACCUCCAAACACCUUUGCCUGUAUCAAGAAUUUUUUUUUUUCUUCUUGCAUUAUGGGAUGUAAGUACUGAUAAUUGGAAGCACACUGGGGUUGCUUUUACUUUUUCUUCCCCUGAAAUAUAAAGAGACAUUUCCCCCAGCUGUACGAAGUGGAUCCUACUCCACAAAGCAUACACGUGUUGCGAACACAUCCGUUCACCCUUUUGCCACGCAGACCUGAAGUCAGCAGGGAGGAGAGCAUACAGGUGCCUUUGCAGCUCAUUUAACCCAGAGGCGUGGGUUGAGCCUGCCAGCAAAGUCAUGCCGUCCUUCUGCCAGGGCUACCGCAGCUCCGAGAGUGACUUUGGGCACUGCAUCCUCGCGAAAGACGGCGCCUGGGGAUGCCGACAGCUUUCCCACUGCAACCCAACCGAGUGUUAUUACUAUGACAACCUCCAGGUACGGAUCUGCGCAGCGCCGGGAGCUCCGGCAAACCCUGAUUGCAUGUGCACGGCUCAGAGCCGGGGUGCCCCGCCUAGGAGAAGGGUAAAAAGCACUCAGAGCCACAGGUGCCCCUCUCUGGCUCUGUCCUGUUGCUUUGGGGUGUAGGGCAAAGCGUGGGUGCUUAAGAGACAUCAGUAGCUAGGAUUUUUAAUCGUCUUCUCUGGGACAAAGUAAGGAGAGUGUUGCUUUUCCCUUAGAGCCCUUCUGCAGAAAAUCACCAGAUCUGUAAGAAUAUAACGCUGCCCUUCAGCCUGAAUAAAAGGUAAAAUGCUCCCAUACCUCAUGCAUGCCGUAUGCCCCUGUGUGUGUGUGUGCAUGCACGCACACAUUACUUUCUUACACUACUAUGACAGCACACGCUCCCCAAAGCUAUUUACAGCAUUAGAAAUCCAACUCCUCCCUCCAGUGCCCUGUAUGUGUGUGGCUGGGGCUUUCUGCUUUGCCUCACUCUCAGCUGAUUGCGGGCUGAUGGUCACGACGCUGCUCCUCACCUCCGGGCUUCACGCUGAGGACAGAAGGAUCGGGGGAAACGGAGAAGCUGGCACACAACUGCCCUACGGAGCUGUCGAUAACUUGCUUCCCGUGCAGCAGAACCACACAGGGGAGGGGAGGGAGGAGGGAGGAAAGAAGGGGAGGAGGAGGAGGAGAAGGAAAAAAAAAAAAAAAAAAGAAAAUCCAGAGAAUUCUAGUCCUGCAAAUGUAGUGAAACUGAGUGGUCAGAGUUCAUUUGCUCGAGGAGAGCUGAGAAGAAAGAGGACGUUAAAUGAGAAAAAGCAAGAAAGGUCUGUAGCUCGUUUUCCUGAUACUAGCAGUGUUUUAGAGGGAAAAUGAUUCCUCCGAGCAGCAUGACUGAAGUCAGCGUGGACAGUGUGGAGAAAGAGAAUGAAGUGGAGAGCACAGAGCAACCUCCAUCUCCAGCAUCAACCACCAGUCAGGAAUCUAAGCUGCAGAAACUCAAACGAUCACUCUCCUUCAAGACCAAAAGCUUGCGGAGUAAAAGUGCAGACAACUUCUUCCAGAGGACUAACAGUGAUGUGAAGCUGCAAGUAGACUUGAUGCCAGAGGUGAGCACAAGCACAGGGCAGCUUCCCAGCUCGGAGAGCCAGGCAUCUUCGCCCACCAGAACCCAGCAGCUGUCAGAAAACAACAAGGCUCACAUCUUCCAGGAGCACAUCUUCAAAAAGCCCACCUUCUGUGAUGUCUGCAACCACAUGAUUGUUGGGACAAAUGCUAAGCAUGGACUGCGCUGUAAGGCUUGUAAGAUGAGCAUCCACCACAAGUGUGCAGACAGUAUUGGACAACAGCGUUGCAUGGGCAAGCUGCCAAAGGGAUUUCGACGGUACUACAGCUCACCACUUCUCAUUCAUGAACAGUUUGGCUGCAUCAAAGAAGUGAUGCCUAUUGCCUGUGGCAAUAAGGUUGAUCCUGUGUAUGAAACUCUUCGCUUUGGGACUUCAUUAGCCCAGAAAACCAAGAAGGGCAGUUCUGGAAGUGGGUCUGAUUCUCCCAAUAGGAACUCUACAGCAGAUCUGGCAGAAGUUCCUGAGGAAGCCGAUAGCAGCCUUGACAUAAGCAGGAAACGCAGCAACAGUGUGUUUACAUAUUCCGAAAAUGGCACAGAACACUUUGGAGAAGAACCAAAAAGUAUUCAUUCACCGGGACCAUUUUAUAAAAGCACGUUACAAAUGAACACCUAUGUUGCCUUGUACAAAUUUGUACCACAAGAAAAUGAAGACUUGGAGAUGAGGCCAGGGGAUAUGAUCACUCUUCUGGAAGACUCCAAUGAAGACUGGUGGAAGGGAAAAAUUGACGACAGAACUGGAUUUUUUCCUGCUAACUUCGUUCAGAGAGUGCAACAUGAUGAGAAGAUUUACAGAUGUGUCAGGACAUUCAUUGGCUGCAAGGAGCAGGGGCAGAUAACUCUGAAAGAGAACCAGAUUUGCGUGACUUCAGAAAAGGAACACGAUGGCUUCAUCAAAGUAUACAGCGGGAAGAAGAAAGGCUUUGUCCCCAUAGACGUCUUAGAAAACAUCUGAUUGCAACAGCCCGCUUGCUGCAGUAGGAGCCCUUUGUUGGCAAUGCCUGUCUGCCUCAUCUCACACUGUGUCAAUCCAGAUGGGCUGUCUUGCAGAUGUUCAGGGAAACAGUGGGAAAACUGCAACUACAAGAAGAAAAAGACAUUUAGACUGCCGCAGCAACACUAAGAAAUAAGAAAAGUGGAAUGAUUGAAAGAAAAUAUAGUCAGAAACCACUAGGGAAAUGAGAGGCCCUUGGAAACUAAUAGGAAUAAGGUAAGAAAAAGAAGUCUGGGCUGAUUUCUGGUGCAAGAUGGCUAUUGCAACCCUGAUGGAAAUGGACAGCUGUUCUAAAGGACUAAACUCAAGUCUCGUGUCUUAGAAAACUGUUGGACUACUUUCUUGUUGGAGAUGUGUGUUUGGGAGGGAGGGACGAAUACCAGUCAAACUGUCCUCAUACUACAGCCCAAAGCUUGUAGUAAAGUGUGGCUGUGGUUCUACACUUCUGUCCCCUGUAUCAACCAACCAGUUUAAGCGUUUAUUCCUGAUGUUAGUCUCAUAUCAAAGCAGUUUGGAGUCACCAUGUGGACGUCAGUUCAAGAAGUGCACUGUGCCCUGGAGGUCAGCAGCUUUCUCUUUCUGUGCAAUCUUACCUUAUGAAAGAGUAGCGACCUUGUAUGUCCUUUGUUUUCUCUGUAUACAAACAAAAGCUCUCAGUGUGUGCCAGGUGUGAUGGCUGCUCUCAUAGCUCCCAAAAAUGGCCUGCCCUGCAAUUCAGGAGCCUUCUUGGAAGUGUCCCUCUGUGUUUCCUGCACCCUUAUCUGGUGAGGGAGAAAAUGGGAGGAAUGCUGGGAGAGAGCCACAGGCUUGAAAUGUUUUGUAUUUUUCUGUGUUUAUUGCACUUAUAAGAUUUUAUAUAUUAAUCCUAUUUAUUAAAAAAAAAAAAAAAAAAUUAAUAAGACAGUUAACUAACCCCCUGGAAGACUGAAAACACUAGGAAAGGACAGACUGCGCACAGAAGUGAAGACUGUACCUAAAUCCAGAACUUGUGACAGUAAGGCACUGAGUGUCUUAGCAUUGUGUUCACCCACCAAAGUCGUCAUCUUCAUUUGCUAAAAUAGUUUUGCAGAUUCAUCAAUAAAUACACUGACAUGAGUACCUCCUUGGCAUGAACAACUGUGAGCCUCCCGUAAGCCCUCUCAGUCCCAGUGCAACUGAACAGACAAGUCUGGUUUGUCCAUGCAAGCCUCCAUCUUCAAAUAUAUUUAGGGUAUAAGAUCUGGAGAGCAGUCUGUGGGACGUGUGGAUUUUGACCAACCUAUACAAGUCAGCCGGCGCCAAUCGUGUUGCUGAGCAGGGCCUUUCAAAACAGUGAACCUAAUUUCCGAGUGUUUAAUUGGAUGUAAUUGCACCAAAUACACUUUAACAGUUUAGUAUGUAUUACGACAUAGUGAUUAAGUCCUGUCCCAAAGCUCCCUGGUGAAUUCACGCCUUAUUUGACCAGCCUGAGAUUGAGUGCCAGUCUUUAAUACUAUUGCAAUUAGCAGCAAAUGGAUGUCCUAAAUGCCAACACUGCAAGAAGAAAUCCAGGUGCUGCCAGGUUAGUACAGGCCUUUGCAAAUUUGACACUAUUUCUAAAAAGAUGCUGUCCGUUCUGCUUCCUUACAUUGAGGCAGUUUGAAUCUGUGUUGCACAGCCCAGGUCUCAUAGUUGGGAUGCCCAACAGCUGACCUUAUGCAAAGCCUUAUGAAAUCCAGUGCUGUGCUACACAUGACCAGAAGCUCACAGAGCAGAUCAGGCUGCAGCCUCUCAGAGACACGUUUUGCAGUUCUUAUCACUUAAUUGCUGAGGAGGAAGUUACAGGGGUGUCAACUGUUGAAACAUCGUCCUUUGUAAUACAAAUGGUCUACACCAAUAAUUCACAUCCUUCUGGCUGAUCAAAAGUAUCUGAUUUCAUAUCUCCCUCUAUGGGAAUAUCAGCAAUUUAUAAAUGGCUUUUCUACAGAGCAAACAAUGAACAUUUGCUCAGCUCAUUCUCCUAAGUAACCAGCGAACUUAGUGGGAAGAGGGAGGAUUCUGACAAGCCUUAAAGAAUCAAGACAAAAAGUAAAGUCACGAUAAUCCACUCUGCUUUCUAUGAUUUUUAUAUAUAUAUAUUCACUACUUCAAAGAAAAAAACUCAAAUGUUUGUUAGAAUUGAAAUAUUUGCUAUUUUUGAUCAGACCUGUCAAGUGGGCAAAGGAAAUCUGUAUUAAUCUAUACAUAUGUGCUACUGUUUACAUGAUUGCAUCAUACUGUGAUUCCCUAUUUGAGUCUUCUAUGAUUUUAAUUUGUCCCUACAAUGUGCAUCAAGAAAGAAAGAAUUCAAAGAUAUGAACAUUACCUACAACUCACAAUGGCCUUCAAUCAAUGUCAGUUUGAUUCCUUUUGAUACUGAGCAAUAAAUAAUAAAGUGAUUGAGUAAAACAAAACAAACCCUACGUUGACUGCAUUACGUCUGAGCAAGCAUUGCUUCUGAACCAAAGCUUUCAUGGUUAUCUUUUCUUUGUGUAUUUUUGUUUUGCCUUUUUACUGGGUUUUUGCUGCUGUUCAACAUGGAGAUGUAAUUUAUACCUAAUUUAGCAAGAAGCACAUACAUGAGUCUUAUUUAAGCAUGUGAUUCAUUGGCUAUUUGCACGCUUAAAGCUGAAGCACUUUGCUGAAUUGAGGACAUUUUCCUCAAAUUAAUUUUGGAUGCCUUACUCUGAAUCCAGAUGAGUAUCCCAUUAUUUUUUUUCCUACCAUAUGCAGUUUGCAAUAGAUACUGAAUUAGCAAGCAGUUAAAAGAAGCUGGAGUGGAAUUUAUCUGACGUUUCCUCAGAAAAUUUGAACUUUAGGAGAUGAAUACUGUUCACACUUAAUAUUCUGCUUAAUAAAGAAUGUGCAAUGGUUGGAAGGAGAAUAGAAGUGUAUGUUUCUUGGCUUCAGCCGCUAUCAUUUUCAGUCAG